AUGACUGAUGUGGUGGUCAACGGCGCCGGGACUGGCAGCAUUGACCUGGUCUCGGCCAAAGCUGCCCUGCUCUCCUCCUCUACCAAGACCAGAAUCUCGCAGCUCAGGGCCAUUGACGACAAGAUUGCUCAAGAUGUGAUCGAACCCGCAAGCCUGGCCGCUCUCCUACCGACCCUCUUUUGGACGCACGCCUUCUACCAGGACAGACCCUCGCGAAGCGCUGUUCAGGCGUGCUUCGUCUCUAUCUGCAAAAAGGGAGACAGCAGCCAUCUGGCCCCUCUCGUAUCCGCUCUACGCCAAGAAUCGCACAAGGCCAACAUUGCACCCAACAAUGCCUUCGUUCUUAUGGAAUGGUGCAGCGUGCUGAUGCAGGCACUGGCUGGCACCGCCCUGUGGGACAAGUUUGGCAAGGAUAUCGUGUUGAGCGACGCAGAGGCCCUCGAGAAGUGCCUACGGCCUCCUUCCCGGAGCGGACUGGCCCAUUCGGCACUCGUCGUCACUCGACGCGGCUUCAGAAAGCUCUUUGCGGCGAGCGCUAACUGCGAAAAGACCCUGCAGGAAGCCGUACAGAUCCUGACAGCCAAGGGAAACCAGCCGACGGCCAAGUAUGCUCCCCUACUUGGCGUCAUCGCCGGCGUCUCUUCACGCAACGACCAGGCACGGCCAGUCUUGCAGUCGGUCAAGGCCCAGUACUUUGCCUAUUUCACCCGCGAGAUUGUGGGGUCCAGGACGCCUAUCCCCGUACAUCUUGCCAGCGGCCUGCGCGACUUCUUCUCCGACUUUGUGACGGCUGAGGACCUCCAGGCCGAGAUCGUCCCCCAACUAGCAAAGGGCCUGCUGCGCGCACCGGAGAUCGUGCUAAACGACCUUGUCUCUCCUCUCAUUGACGCCCUGCCGAAGGAUAUAGAGCUAUCUCGGACCUUGAACGAGCAUCUGCUCAAGCCGCUGCUGUCCAAUGUUAAGUCUACCAAUGCUGUCAUCCGCAGUGGCGCCGUCUCAGUCUUUCGUAAGAUUGUCACCAGGUGCUCGGACCUUGGCUCGCUCGAGAAGGUCGUAGAUGAGAUCCUGGGGCCCCUGAAGACGGGCAAACUCGCUUCGGCAGAUCACAGGAUUCUGCACUGCGAGAUGCUUAUCGCUGUUCCCAAAUCGGAAGCCAGCGCCAACAAGAUCGUGACGGGCUUACCGCUCAUCACGGCCAAAGAGGGAAAUGAAGCCGCACUAGCGGCUGAGACCGCCGCUCUCAAUGAGAGUACAAAGAUACUACUCUUUGGCGCCGCAGAGCUCCCCAAGGCCGCCUUGGAUGCUUAUGCAAAGGGCCUCGCUGAGAAGAAAUUACCCCUGCGGAAGAUAUGGAUUUUGGCUGCAGGUGAGCAGCUGUUGCAGCUGCGCAAUGACACUGGCAGCCUGCCCGCCAAUGCCAUCAAAUUUGCCGAGGUCAUUUUGGCACCGCUCUUUGAGACGUACAACGAUGUGCUCGCUAAUCCAUUGACUGCCUCGCAAAAUGGACUAGCGACUGGUGCUUUUGUGAUCUGCGCCGUUGCUCCGUUCCUCUUUGAAGCUUCAACAAGCUCCUCGCUGAGCGCCAUGGCGAAAAAGUUCUCCAUGGCCAAGCAGUGCCUCUCUCUGGCACCCAAGCCCUCCUUUCUCCUGAAUCCUCGUAUCUACAGCAAACUCGUUACCGAGGACGAUCUGAGGUGGAAUUAUCGAGCCUUGGCUGCUGCUGUUGAUGGCCUGCCAGAAGAUGAGGAAUCCGACGUCGGGGUUGCCUGGGCCCAGGCUUUCAUCUACGUGAUCUGCGCUAGCGGCAUCAGCCAUCAGGUUCGGCGGGAGGCCUGCGAAGCCUUGUCUCUGGCCUAUAUCCGGAAGCCGCAGCAAGUGUCUGCCGUUAUCAUCCAUGGCAUCUGGCAAUGGCUGGAGUCCCUGGAAGCCGGUGAUAAGGACAGCGCUGCUGUGGCGGCAAAGUCAGAAAAUGCAAACCUGCACCUGGUGCUCAAGGCUAUCUUCCUGCCGACCAAAGAGUUUUCACAGAAACAUGGUAACGAGCCGGAUAAGCAAUUACUGGAACCUCAGCUGUGCUCGGUCGUCGUCCUGGCCCGCCCCGAACUCGUCCCUCGAUGCAGCUGGAUUGACCUAUGCCUACGCUUGGAGCUCGACCCCGGAAGUCUAGCGCACAAGUACGAAAAGGACUUGCUACAAGAGGUCGCAAACCGUACUGACCUCGACCAGAAGUCCGAGGCCAUCCGCAACGCUGCGUAUAAGGCGGUUGCCGAGCUUGCCUUUGUCGCGCCAGAUGUUAUGAUCCCGCGCAUUGUACAGCUCAUCCGCCAUGAUCUCGCAACCGCGCAGCUCCAGGAUAUCGGCCCCGUGGAGGCCGCCAUCUUCCGCACACCCGAAGGCACUGCCUUCAUCGAUGUGCUGGCCAAGAAAUCGAGCAACCUGCCGAGCAAGAACAGCAAGGACUAUGACACUCUCAAGUGGGAAGAGGAGCUCCGGGCGCAGCUCGCCCAGAAGAAGGGCCAACAAAAGAAGCUGACGGCGGACGAGACGGCCAAAGUCAAUGCUCAGCUUAAGAAGGAGGCCGAAAUCCGGCAGCGGGUGCGUGGUGUCGAGGCCUGCCUGCGGCGCGGCGUCGGCGUCAUCAGUAGCCUGGCCACCGGGCCGCCCACGGAAGCCAGCCAUUGGAUGGGGCCUGCUAUCAAGGCCUUGCUCGACAUCAUUGACGCGGGUGCCUGCUCUAUCACUGGCUCAAUUGCCCCCAUGGCGCUCUUGACGUGCUCCGACAAGAUCUCACCCCGACUCGGGACCAUGAGGCCGUUUGUUGGCGUUGCCAUUUUGCGGGCACACGAGGUGUCGGCGCUGCCAGACAAUCUGAAGGAGGAACCCUUUGAAGAUCUUGUUACACGGGUCCUCUACCGCCUACGCUUUGCGGGCGAGCAGCGGCCUUUCGAUCCCGUCUCUCUCAUUUACAUCAUCCCACUCGUUGUCUUGGUUCUGCAACACGGUGGCUUCGGCGCCAGCACAGACGACCGCGACGCACAGGUCGUCCUGGCCAUUGAAGUGCUCACCUUUCACACGGCCGUCUGCGCGGACGAGACCCUCCCGCGCGCCGAACUCUUCUCAGUUCUCAUCGCUUCCAUGCAGCAGCACAGCCAGCACUACAAGAUUCUCCGCGACUGCUUCUCGGAUAUGGUGCGGUGUGUUGCGCCCAAUAUGACGCCGGAAGAGAUUGCCGUUCUUGCACGCGGGGCCAUUGUGUCCCAGGCCUCAGUGCGAACGACCGUUCUGCAGUCCCUCAGCGCCGAGGUCGAUAUGACAGACCUAGAUUUCUCAGAAGAGAUUUGGCUUGCGUGCCACGACGACGAGGAAGAAAACGUCGAGCUUGGUCGAGAGAUCUGGGAUGAGAGCGAGUUCCAAGUCUCGGAACAGGUCCCCGCCCGUAUAAUACCCUACCUGGAGAGCAAGGAUGCCCAGCUCCGCAGGGCCGCAGCCCGCUCGCUCGCCGAGGCCGUGCAGCUUCACGCCUCGGCCAUGGACCCUGUCCUGCAGCAGCUCCGCUCCUCCUACGCCGAAUUUGCCAAGCCGCGCGUGCAGCAACUCGACGAAUUUGGCAUGCCCAAGAAGAUGGACUUGUCAGACCCCUGGGAGCCGAGGCACGGCAUUGCUUACGCGCUUAAGGAACUAGCACCGCACCUCGAGAAGGCGCAGCUUGCUGGUUUCUUUGACUUUCUGAUCGAACAGGGGCCCCUGGGAGACCGAGACGACCGAGUCCGGGGCGAGAUGCUCGACGCCGCCAACCGCGCCAUCGAGAUCCACGGGAAGUCCGUCCUCGAUCAGCUGAUGAAGACCUUCGAGAAGACCCUUGAGGCACCCGACAAGAACUCACAAACCGGUGACCGGGUCAACGAGGCCGUCAUCAUCAUGUACGGCGCCCUCGCCCGCCAUCUUAAGCCCGGCGACGCAAAGAUCCCCGUCGUUAUCGAGAGGCUCAUUGCCACGUUGGGGACGCCAUCCGAAACAGUGCAGUAUGCCGUCGCCGAGUGCCUGCCGCCGCUUGUUCGGACUUGUAAGGACAAGUCGUCCAAGUACUUUGACCAGAUCCUUGAGACACUUCUCACGUCCAAGAAGUACGCCGUUCAGCGCGGUGCCGCCUAUGGUCUGGCUGGCCUUGUGCUCGGUCGAGGCAUCUCGGUUCUGCGGGAGUACCGCAUCAUGACAAGUCUCAAAGGCGCCGUGGAGAACAAGAAGGAAUCGCACCAGCGCGAGGCGGCGUUGCUAGCUUACGAGCUUCUCUCCACUAUUCUCGGCCGGCUUUUCGAGCCGUAUGUGAUCCAGAUCGUGCCGCAGCUUCUUGCCGGCUUCGGUGACAGCAACGCCGACGUGCGUGAUGCGUCCCUGGCUGCGGCCAAGGCGUGCUUUGCCAGGCUCAGCUCCUUUGGUGUCAAGAAGAUCCUUCCUACGCUCCUUGACGGCCUGGACGACCAACAGUGGCGCAGCAAAAAGGGAGCCUGCGACUUGCUCGGCGCCAUGGCCUACUUGGAUCCACAACAGCUGGCGCAGAGCCUGCCCGAGAUCAUCCCACCCCUGACGGCUGUUCUCAACGACAGUCACAAAGAGGUCCGGUCUGCCGCCAAUAAGAGUCUCAAGAGGUUCGGUGAAGUCAUCAACAACCCGGAAAUCAAGAGCCUGGUCGACAUCCUCCUCAAGGCCCUCAGCGACCCCACCAAGUAUACCGACGAGGCGCUCGACUCCCUCAUCAAGGUUCAGUUCGUGCAUUAUCUCGACGCCCCGUCCCUAGCCCUCGUCAGCAGGAUCCUCCAGCGUGGUCUGGGCGACAGGUCCAAUACCAAGCGCAAGGCAGCGCAGGUUAUUGGCAGUCUGGCUCAUCUUACCGAGCGCAAAGACCUCAUUGCGCACCUGCCUGUGCUCGUCGCUGGGCUCAAACUGGCCGUCGUCGAUCCGGUGCCAACGACGCGUGCGACAGCAUCCCGUGCUCUCGGCUCUCUGGUCGAGAAGCUGGGCGAGGAUGCCCUACCCGACCUCAUCCCGGGGCUCAUGCAGACGCUCAAGUCGGACACUGGCGCCGGCGACCGCUUGGGCUCGGCCCAGGCGCUCAGCGAGGUUCUCGCCGGCCUCGGUACUACGCGCCUCGAGGAGACUCUACCGACCAUUCUCCAGAAUGUCGAGUCGUCGAAGUCGGCCGUGCGGGAGGGCUUCAUGUCGCUCUUCAUCUUCUUGCCGGUUUGUUUCGGCAACAGCUUUGCCAAUUAUCUGGGUCGCAUCAUUCCGCCUAUUCUGUCUGGCUUGGCAGACGAUAUUGAAUCUAUCCGUGAGACCGCGCUCCGCGCCGGUCGACUCCUCGUGAAGAACUUUGCUACACGUGCCGUCGAUCUGCUACUGCCCGAACUCGAGAGGGGCCUGGCUGACGACAGCUGGCGUAUCCGUCUCAGCUCAGUCGAGCUGGUUGGUGAUCUCUUGUUCAAUCUGACGGGCGUCAGCGCCCAGCAGGAGGAUGCCGCUGAAGAAGAAGAUGAACACGCCAAGGAGGCCAGCGUUUCUCUCCGCGAGGUGCUUGGCGACGAGAAGCGCAACAAGAUUCUCUCAGCCCUGUACAUUAGCCGUUGCGAUACUGCUGGCGCAGUACGUUCGGCGGCCAUCAGCGUCUGGAAGGUUCUCGUUUCCACCCCACGCACGCUCAAGGAGCUGGUGCCUACCCUCACGCAGCUUAUCAUUCGCCGCCUGGGCAGCUCGAACAUGGAGCACAAGGUCAUUGCCAGCAAUGCUCUGGGCGAGCUCAUCCGCAAAGCCGGCGACAACAUUCUGUCCACCUUGCUGCCGACGCUCGAGGAUGGCCUGCGGGCUUCGACAGACACCGACGCCAAGCAAGGUAUCUGCCUGGCGCUCAAGGAGCUCAUCUCAUCGGCGAGCCCUGAAGCUCUCGAGGACCACGAAAAGACGCUCAUCUCUGUUGUGCGCACUGCCCUCAUCGACUCGGACGAGGACGUCCGGGAGGCGGCUGCCGAGGCUUUCGAUUCCCUGCAGCAGAUUCUUGGCAAACGCGCUGUCGAUCAGGUCCUUCCGUACCUACUCAGCCUGCUGCGUUCCGACGAGGAUGCAGACAACGCCUUAUCGGCGCUGCUGACGCUGCUCACCGAGACAACGCGGUCCAAUAUCAUCCUCCCCAACCUCAUCCCCACCCUCAUCGCACCGCCCAUCUCCUCAUUCAACGCAAAGGCGCUCGCUUCCCUAUCACGCGUUGCUGGCCCGGCUAUGAAUCGGCGCCUGCCCAACAUUAUCAACUCGCUCAUGGACAACAUCAUCAACUGCAAGGACGACGGACUGCGCGAGGAGCUGGACGCCUCGUUCGACACUGUCAUCUUCUCUAUUGACGAGUACGAUGGUCUCAACACGGUCAUGAACGUCAUGCUCCAGCUCAUCAAGCACGAGGACCACCGCAAGCGAGCCGCCACCGCAUACCACUUCUCCCGGUUCUUUGCCGCGGCAGAUAUUGACUACUCGCGCUACAACCAAGACAUCAUCCGCGCCAUGCUCAUCUCAUUUGACGAUCGCGAUCCCCAGGUCGUCAAGUCAGCCUGGAGCGCCUUGAGCGAGUUCACCAAGAAGCUCAGGAAAGAGGAGAUGGAGGCUCUCGUUCCCUCUACGAGGCAGACUCUACUGCAGGUCGGUGUGGCCGGCGCCAACCUGCCUGGCUUCGAGCUGCCCAAGGGCAUCAACGCCAUCCUGCCCAUCUUCUUGCAAGGUCUCAUGAACGGAACGCCCGACCAAAGGGUGCAAGCUGCGCUUGCCAUCUCAGACAUUGUCGACAGGACGAGCGAGGCAUCACUCAAACCAUUCGUCACUCAGAUUACGGGCCCGCUCAUUCGUGUAGUGUCGGAGAGGUCGACGGAUGUCAAGUCAGCCAUUCUACUCACGCUCAACAACUUGCUGGAGAAGAUGCCAACAGCCCUCAAACCCUUCCUGCCCCAGCUGCAGCGUACCUUUGCCAAGUCUCUCGCCGACACCUCGAGCGAUCUCUUGCGCACGAGGGCCGCCAAGGCCCUCGGCACUCUCAUCAAGUUCACGCCCCGUGUCGACCCCCUAAUCGCGGAGCUCGUGACCGGCUCCAAGACAUCCGAUCCGGGCGUCAAGACGGCCAUGCUCAAGGCGCUCUUCGAGGUUAUCAGCAAGGCGGGCGCCAACAUGGGCGAUUCGUCUCGGGCCGCUGUCUUGGGCCUCAUCGACAUGGAGACAGACGAGCGCGACGAUACCAUGACGAUCACCAAUGCCAAGCUCCUAGGUGCCCUUGUCAAGAACGUGCCCGAGGAUGCCGCGAUCCCGCUAAUGAAGAACCGCGUCAUGACAACAAACUUCAGCCAUUCGUCCGUGCUGGGACUCAACGCAGUGCUUCUGGAGUCGCCCGAUGUUCUUUUGGGCAGCGCUCUGGCCGAGGACCUCCCCGCGCUCCUCUGCCAGGGCAUGACCAACAAGCUGCCGUUCAUUGCCGACAAUUUCAUACUUGCCACUGGCAAAUACCUUCUGUCCUCUCACCCCAAGUCGUAUGAGGACACCAAGGAGAUCUUCCAAACGCUGGCCAACAUCAUCCCCCCCGGCGGACCCACAGACUCGCGCCGCUUGGCCCUGGUGCUCGUCCGGACCAUCUCGCGUGUCAAUUCGGACAUGACCCGACCGCACAUUGCUAUCCUGGCACCUGCCAUCUUUGCCUCUGUGCGAGACGUGGUCAUCCCGGUCAAGCUGAGCGCCGAAGCCGCGUUCGUCUCCCUGUUCGCGGUUGCCGAUGAGGAGAGCAAGGUAUUUGACAAGUUCAUGAGUGGCCCCGGCGCAGAGCUCCCUCCCAACGUGAAGCGGAGCAUGGGCGACUACUUCAAGCGCGUGGCGCUGCGGCUGGGUGCGCAGGUGCGGGAGAGGAGAGAGGCCGAGGGCGGUGCGGGAGGCCUCGGAUUGGCGGGAGACGAGGUCGAGGACGAGAAGGAGAUUUGGAGCGUGGGCAAGAUGGAUGUUGGAGGGGACAUCUUUAGCAGCACCGAGUAG